AUGAGCCUUGACUCUGCCACAUUGUCCCCCAUUCCUGUUCCCAAUGCUGUUCGUCUUCAUCAAGGCUGGAAGAUAAACCGUCAGGGCAUUUUUCAUAUUCGUGCACUUGAACUACCCUCACAGGAUGGCCCCCUACGUCCCUCCCACUUCCUUUCAGGACAGGAACGGAUUCCGAUCGUAGAGGAGGUAGUUAGCCCUGGUGUGGAUCACUCACUGGAUGGAACGUUUCAGGGGUGCAAGCUGGAUUCACCGUACUCGAUACAUUAUUACUACGCUGCAUUCGAAGUAUACAUCAUUCCAUCCGAAUGCCUCAUUUCCUGCCCAUGGCUUCAAAAUGCCAUUAACUCAUGUCACCAGAAUGACCCUGAAAUUGCCCCUCUGCAAUAUCACCAAUUUCCCCAUGAUGCACGACGGUACUUGCGGUGUUUUGUCCAUCCCAUGCCGCCACCUAUCCUAUCGCCCAAGCCUAUACCGUUUACCUACUCUGACACCAAAUCUGGGUGGACAGUUGGAAAGACAUUGGGUGAAGUCUCCCUCAAGAGGGUGAGACCGUCGGAGUGGACCAAGUCGAUGAAGAAAGCAACAAAGGGCACUAGCCAGGGCAUUGCAGAAUGUGUCUGCAUGCAGCACUGGGAACAGCAUCUCAUACAGAAUGUGGACCCCGUAACAUCAGGACCAAUCGGUCUGGUGCACGAGCUGGCUAUCAUGUUUAACGACAUCCAAUAUCGCAACCGUUCCAAGCCCGCGGGGCCAACCUACCCUCCUGGAGCGGUUCGCCUCCUUUCCCUUUGCACUUUCACAGCGGAUGGACAUAUCCGAGUGGGAUUUCAUGUGCCGUUUCGCUUUCCAGAGGACGACGAUGGGGCCUCCUCUGAACCAGAAGAAUUCCUCAGUGACAAUGAGUGGGAGAGCGGAAGGUGGGGGGCCUCCACGUUAGCCUCGGAAAGGGAUGAUUCCGAUGUGCCAUCAGCGUCACACGCCUCUCAGCGUCGCAGGAGGUCCAUUAAGAAGCGUUUGCUGCAUCCACGAGUCCCCUCUCAGAGCACGAGCUUCACACAUCAAUGGCGUCAGCGAGGCCGUUCCUCACGUCAACGCUCACCUGCACGAAGAAGCAGAUCACCAGAGCAUGUACAAAGCUCUUACCAUCCGCAUGACCUGCGAGCGGUGGAGCAACAUCCAGUUCAUCAAAGCCCCUGGCCUCCGCGUCCAGUGUCUUCAUCCGAGGAAUUCUCUCAUCAUUCCUCUCGCUUCUCGGGCCAUUCAGGAUUGGGGGGCCUUAGACACCAUCGUGCAGAGUCUCCACAUGCACUUGAACACCAUCGCCAUCUUUCGUCUCCAGGCAUGGAAGAUGUCCGGUUCCACCAAGCCAGAAUGCCAUCAGGCCACACCUCCAACCCGACCCCCCUUAACUGGUCAGAAAACCUACACUCUCGUCCUCCUCCCCUGCCAUCCUCCGAUAAGCUGCUGUCAGGUGCGAGAGCACCUCGUUAUCCCCCAGAACGGCAUCGCCCUCGUUCACCUCCAGUUGGGGAAGAUGUACAGUUCAACCUAGCCCAUACCUCAGCCCCUUUCUCCCAAUACACAUCAGGAUUCCCACCCUCUCGUCCACCCCUGCCAUCCUCCUUUGAGCCACCGCCGAGACCAAGAGCACCAGCCUCAGAUGUCGCAUCGUUCACCUCAGUCGAACAGAUCAUGGCGCAGGAAGGGGGUACAAUGUCCUUGCUGAAAGAAGCUAUGAUUAUUCGAGGAGCCCCCCCUCUGCCCAUUUGGCCCCUUUCCCCCACUCCCGAGGCUGCAGACCAUGUUCGAAAAUGGAGGGAAGGGCUAUCUCAAUCCGCUGUCAAGCGAGCUUACCGUCAGAUGGCAAUCCGCAUCGUGGCAGUAAAUACCCGUGAUGUUUGUCCUUACAAUGGAACAUAUGCUUCCUGGGUUGAUGCCACCCCUCCGGCAAGAACAAGUGUCUUAAACACUUCUCUGAAGUAUCGGGAGUUCGUGGACUUUUGCCAGAGACCAGUCAGCUUCGACCUGCUUCGUCCACACCUCGCGCUCAUUGAGCGCCACCCCCCAUUUCGUUAUAUCGAAGCACCGAUCCUUAACAUUGACUUGCAACGUUCUGCUGAUAAUCUGAAUUGGCUCCCAACGUCUGAGUGGAGGGAACGGAUCAUGGGCACGCAGUCUGUGCUGAGUCAACUUCUUCACCGUGUCCAGAGCACCGUCUCUCAUCUCUGCUGCACCGAGAUCCUCCCCAAACAUCGUGAAACCAUGGCGAUACUGAAGCCUGAAUCGGAAGCCUAUCUUCAGAAGCUUCUCCAAGCCCGAAUGAUUGCGCAGUCCGAGACUUAUCACCAUGAAACGGUUGGCGAGAUUGAACGCCAGAUCGGAGAGCUACAAGGGCAUUUUCGCUACUGCCUCCUUAUUUCCCUUGAUGCAUGUGCCAUAUUGGGUGGUAACGAGCUUCCGACCUGGCCGCUUCAGGAAGAGGCCAUCGGGACCAUCUUUGAUGGUUCAGACGGCACCCGUACUGAGGUCCACGACUCCAGCCUUAGUGCCUCCGCCCAGGCAUAUGCUCUCACUCUGGAACGGUGGGGAGUUCCCCAUUGGAGAGUGGAACAUGGUGACAACCGCUUCGCCAUCUUUCGAUCAUGUCCGCCCAUCCUUGAUUCGGUAGCAGAACAUGCCCUUCAGCAGGAAAUACGGAGCCGCGCUCACUCCAAGAAUUUGCAAGGCGCUGCAAGGGGAGACAUCACUAUAGGAUUUGACUUUGCUGUUACAGAAAUCAUUGCGCGGCCCCGUCCGCCGCAGCAAACCCUGCUCACAGCUCCAUCAAAUGAUUUUUCUGCUCAGCUCUUUGUGAUGGAGCAAUGUCUCACAGCGCUUGUCCCUGAGGGGGUUCCUAUCCCAUUCAAGGACUUCUCUGCCAAGGUGAAGAGCGUGCUGCAAGGAGUCUGGGUAGACUUGAAAUACAAGGAAGGCCUGCAUUCUAGUGUGGCCUUGGAGGGAACAAAAUGGAAGACCAUGAGAGUCCCGUUCCCCAUCGGCGCCCAUGCUCCACUGAAGGCGGCGUUUGUCAGAAUCCCUUUCUCAUACUACCAACCUCAUCAUCCUCUUCCGCUGUCAUUUCAAUCCAUACCUUGUAUCGUCCCGCCUAGUGCUACUAAGGAGGGCCAUCGUACCCCUGAUGUGUGGCUAGGCACAUCCAUACGGCUGUCAGGUCCGGCAGUGGAGCUGCGCGAUGAUUUGGAGGCUGUCGGGCGGUGGGGCGUUCUUGCGUAUCGAGAAGUACGUGACCGCACUGUGAACCAGGAAGUUGUUGGCCGGGCUGGUACGACUCACUGUCUUAACUUGCUCUGCAAGACACAGGAGGGAGCUCAAAGCCUCAAGCGAUACCUCCAAGCAAGAUACCCCGAUGCUGUUCUCAAAGAUAUUGAAAUGGAGGACUAUAUGCCAAGCAGGUACACCGGUGUCUAUGAGCUUGGAUAUAUCAGUGAGACCCUUUCUCGUGGGUUUGACAAGACCACAGUCAUGACUCUCCUGGAUCGUGCACCAGCCCCUCUCAUCCCUCAAGGUCCAGACACCAUGCCUAGUGAGAUAGCCAAACUCUGGGCCCGGAUCUACUCGCAGGACCUCUUUGAAUACAAUCGCUUCCAGAUCAUGACGACGACAACCAACUCAGGACGCAUAUUGUUCAACGUGAUUGAGGUGACGUUCAGAUCUGAUGUGUGUGAAAAAAUGUGCCUGCGUAGGCCCCUCGAGUUGAGUGAAGAGGAAUAUCUAGGUCUCCUUUGUUUCUGCCUCAUCCUUUGUCACCUUCGCCGCUUCAAGCGUGCAUUCCGCCAAAGGAUCUACCCUGCAGAAGGAUCUAUCUACCCCCGUGUUGUUUGUUUCAUUGCCGAUUCUGCAAGGCACCUUUUUGAGGGCAUCGAACUUCGAACAACGGAGAUGUUGAAGAGGUCAGGAAACCCGCCUCAAGAUGAGUUUGAGUCUAUUCGCUGGCAGCCCAAAACUGGCCUCUUUGCACUUAAAGUGGCAGAGAGCCCUCCUGCUCCCCCAAACAGGCCGACUGUGGAAGAAUUACACUCCCAUUUCCAGUUGUAG